AUGGGUGGGGCGUGGGAGCGCUUGAUCAGGACCGUGAAGCAGAACUUGAGUAAGGUUAUAGCGUCAAGGGUAGUAACCGCCGAGGUACUCGAGAACGCACUGAAUGAGGUGGAGAACAUAGUCAACUCUCGACCGUUGACCAAUAUUCCCGUUGAUGGCGACCUCUCUCCGGUACUAACCCCUAACCAUUUUCUCCUGCAAUCCUCCAACGGGUUGAAACCACUAAUCACUUUCGACGACAGCUCUCGGGCCUUGAAAAACAACUACGAAACUUCUCAAAUCCUUGCCAACAGUUUCUGGAAACAGUGGCUCCGAGAUUACCUUCCGACCAUCACGAGAAGAUCCAAAUGGUUCGUGGCGAUGAAGCCCAUCGAAGUUAACGAUAUUGUAAUCGUAGCCGAUCCAAAGUUCCCACGAAACUAUUGGCCAAAGGGAAGAGUCAUAGCAACAAAGGUUGCCUCGGAUGGACAGGUACGAUCUGCAACGGUGCAAACUGUUAGCGGCGGAAUUUACGAGAGACCAACAGUGAAGCUCGCAGUACUUGAUGUAGGCGUUCGUAGUAAUGCGUCGCGGAAGAAUCUACAACGAAUUACGGGGGGGAGUGUUGAUUACGCCACAUCGACCAACGAGCCCCAUUUUCCCCGUUCAUUGAGUGACACCGAUAGUGUACUGAGGGUGCACCAGCCGAGGGAUCGUCAGCGAUGGUGA